AUGGCAUCAGUAUCACCCGAUAAUGGGAUACAAUCCGGGGACUCGUGUCCCGCACCAACUCCAACAUCGAACUCGAAUUUGCGACGGCUAUUUCCACGUAUUACCCCGCCGCCGACACCCUGCACCACCAACGAAGUCGUGAUUCAUCUAGCUACCACCGUAGUGAUUCCAGACUAUAACCGCUAUUUCGCCCCGACACCUAUUGCCUCCUUUCAGCCCUCCUACCUUGCCUUAGCAGAUGGUUCCCUCGUCGCCAAUCCAUUUUUCAAAGAUCUCCAUGAUUCCAAUAUCUCUCUUCUGGUCACCGGCAUGCUCGCGAUGUUAUUCUUGCGCAACAUAUUUGUGUCGGGUGACUAUAUCCACCGAGGAGGAGUGAAGAGGAAGACGCUAUUUUACUGGCUUUUUAUCAGCCAGUUGCUGGCCCCCAUCUGCUUUAUACCUGAGAUUACAGGCUACCUUGACAAGAGCGUCGAUUGCAUGAUGGUAUUGUGCAUGUCACGGAUCGCAUCAUCGAUAUCCCUCAGUAUAUUGAUCAGCGGAAUCCUGGGAUAUAAAGCGUAUAAGUGCUUAGAGGACUCCAAGAUCGUUCUGACUGGCUUGGUCGUCUUUACGGCCGGUUCUGCGACCUUGACGCUGUUCGAUGUCCUCACAUUGCGUGCUGUCCGCAGAAUAUCUGGCGGAUGCACGCGUACACCGAAUCUUAAGUAUAUAAAAUACUACUCGAUCGUUCAAUUUGCUGAAUCCCUCUUCAUUUGUCUUUCAUUUGUGUAUGCAGUCUAUAGGGCCUACCAAUUGCCCGCUGCUCGUGGCCGUGUUUCCUUAGAGUUCUCGGAGAAACCCCCCAGCGACAAAGCCGACUCUCCUACCGGCUGGCAGACAGCAGCCCGACGAGGGUGGUGGGAUUAUGUGCCAAAUAGCGCGAACUCUCGCUCACCAAACGACAAUCCGCCGCCGCUGCCCAAUAACCUGAAGUGGUCAGAUAUAUUCUCCCAGCUGCAACCGCAAAGGCAAAGAGCAGGUUCAGAGGCCAAAUUAUUGCGACUCUCAUCAGUCGCCGCUUCACCCUCUAUACAGACACCUCGUUCUCCAGCCCUGAGAAUCGUCCAGCCCAGCACCCUUGGGCCCAAGCACGUAGAGAUCGACAAACCCAGUGAAGGGCGCGGUACUUCGCCGGUUCCUUCAUCCCUUAGCCGCAUUAGUAAAUUUAUGCCACGGAUGAUCUUGUUUCGUACAGUUAUGAAGGACGAGCUUUGCUACACGGCCAUCAUCACUGGAACAUGCGUGCUAGUCGCAAUUUUAUCCAUAAUCGGGUUGAAUCUUCAAAAUGGUUUAACUGUCAACGGUUGGAUAUUGCUAAAUUGGGGCGUCAUCUCUGCACUAGCCAUACAUAGCUUUGGCAGGGUGGUGCGGCGAAACGAAAGAGAUGCCAUCCUUCAGCAUCCUACCACGUGGGAUUCAGCUCUCAGUGCAGACAAAGCAACCGCUGAAGCUUAUUGCCGAGGUCGGUGUAGACGGCCAUGGACGCCUGUUAGCGUGGCAUCCCACCGUCGUCAAUGGCAAGGCACUCCGCCUCCCAAGGAAGAGUCGGAUGCUCCAGACGAUCCGUUUGCGGACCCGAGUCAUCCGAGAUUCUCUCAACACUCUUGGAGCUCGAUCCUGGCCGGCGUAGCCGAGCUAAGGACUCCUUCGCCGACCUAUUCUGUGGGCUCUCUGACGAGGGAGCCGUUGCAGAGCGACCAAGUUCUUCUGCCAUCGGUCGGAGACGAUUUCCCUACAUCUGGGCGAACAACGCCAGUCGUGCCUCACGAUGAGUCAGAUGGGACUCUCCUUCAAGAUUUGCAGAACACUAUAUGGUGUGAGCCCCGCGUGGUUCGCGCACGGGACAACCCAAUAGAUCCAGUGUUCCUUCUUGAAACCCACGACAUCCGUUCUGCGAUAAUAUCCAUCAUGGACGAUCGUCUCAUCGACGUCCUCCCAAUUCGGUUUUCGAACGCACUUAGCCCGAAGGUUGUUGUUCACCAGUUCCCACUGCUGACCCGCCCAUUGCAAGUACCUCCAUCCGCAGCUGCAGUUGGUAAAACGAUAUCCGCCAGGAUCAAACCAAGCGCCCGGCGAACCGAGAUCCAUGUACCAGCAGAUACACGGCCCGAAGUUUGGAACGACGAAAAGGCAAAGCAGCUCGGUGCUGCGAGGGUAACAGAUGACCUUGAAAAAAGUAAAGAAACAAAAGCCUCAGAGGAGCAAGAACCACGUCUCGCGGAGGUCCGUCUCAGCAGUGAGCAAAUCGCUCACUGGGGUACGCCGAUGCUCGGGAUGAUUAGAAAUGGCGAACUACACCUUCACCCCAUAUCCGAAACACACCAAUUCCGACCGACACUCACUUAUCUCGAUGUCUUCUCGCGUAAGAAUCGACGGUCGCGAACCGACGACUCGGACUCAGAUGAUGGUCCCCCACCUGACCCAGACGAGGCUCCCCCGGUCGUGGCUGCCAAGAAAGAAAAAAAGGGAGCAACGGAUGCUAAGGAGAUACAAGUUACUGCAAGAAAGACCGAUGACAAGGGAGGUCUGCAGGCUCAAAGUGGACUUUCUACGGCUCGCAGAGAGAUGCUCGCAAUUAUACGGGCUGAAGAAGACGAAGAUUGGCUUGAUCUUAAGUACCAUGAUACCAACACUACGGAGGCUGCGGAUAUUUUUGAAUCUAUGUUUUCACAAAAUGAGGAAAAACUUGUAUGCACUACAGAUGCUACCACUUUCUUGAACGCCAUAGAGGGGUUGUCACAAUAA